GGUGCAGCGGUCCACUCCGAAUACGAUCAAUCUGCAUGUGGAAGGCAUCCCCCAAUUUCCCCUCCACCUCCCGUCUGGGGUCAAUCUGGCUCUCUUAUUUGCGAGUCCCUGGACGUAUGUGUCGUCGCUGAGCCCACCGUCCUAACAGCCGUCGCAUAUUGAGCAGCUGCCAUGGCUUCGAAUAUGCCCAUGCCCUUGCCUCCCAGGACGCCAACACCGCCUCCUGAUGAAGACGCGCCGCAACAGCCCGUUGGACUUGGAUUUGAAGGCGAGCUGUCCACUGGAGGGCUAGGAUUCGACCCGAACGCGCUCUCUCCAAUGUCGGCGACCUUUCCUAGCAAGCAGUAUGCGACUCUGGGACCCAGCGACUCUGUCUCGCAGCGUGCGACGCCGACAACCCUGUAUACACCAGCGAGCGCAACAUUCCCAUACACUCCUGCCAGCGCCUUGAGUGGGACAGACAUGGACACGUCUUCAAUGAGUGGCACAGAGAAUGCGCGCAAUCCAUUCAACUUCCAGUCGGUGACCUACCAGCCUGGCCGGCCGCAAGCAAAGCAAAAUGAUAUCGGAAGAAGACGAGGACACAAGUACAAGCACAGCAGCGUAUCCCACCAGAUCUUCCUCGAGCCAGCGCCUCGCGCUCCUCUCCAACUCCCUGCUUCCCUACCGAUCCCAACGUUCAAAGAGUAUCGAUCGUCCAUGUCAAAGGACCAAAAGUUACGAUUAGCCUGGUGUUUCGGCCAUUUACUCGUGGCAGGGCUCGUACAAUGGGGCUCUCACGAGUCUCUGGCACUCACGGUGCUGUCUCGUCUUAUAUUCUACGAUGCAAUUGGUGCCUUCCUGUGCGUUGCAGUCGAUGUUGGAUCGAACUUUGAGGUCUGGAAGCGCUCCAGCAUUCGCCAUCCGUUUGGAUUCGAACGUCUGGAAGUUAUAGCAGGAUUGGGAAUGUCUGUUGGCCUUCUAUUCAUGGGUUUAGACCUCAUUUCCCAUGGUCUUACUCAUGCUCUGGAGAAUACUGGUGGACACACUGCGCACCAUGCGGGCGCGCAUGAGCGAGUCUCUCCUGGCAGCAUCGAUCUCUCGGCUCUGAGCGGUAUCGUUUCAACGCUCGUUUCAGCUAUCCUGCUGAAGAAUCACGCUCGCAUUGGCAAAGUGAUGAGACUGGGCGCGAUUGCAAACCUGCCUUCAGUCCUGAGCAACCCUUCUCAUUUUCUCACACUAUCUUGCUCAGCCUUGUUGCUACUUCUUCCUCUGCUGAGUAUACAGAUGUACGUAUGGCUGGACCGCACUUUGUCGUUUUCUGUCGCAAUUUGCAUGGUCGCAUUGGGAUGGAUUCAGGGAUGGACACUGGGCAAGAUGCUGCUGAUGUCCUACUCGGGUCCAGGAGUAUCAGACGUCAUGUCCGACAUCGAAACGGACCCAGCUGUGAGCGCAGUCGAAGAGGCGAAGUUCUGGCAGGUACACUACGGUCUAUGUCAGGCAAACUUGAAGGUCCGAGUACGCAAUCUCGACGAGAUAGGACGUUUGCGCGACCGGAUCGGCAGCAUGGUACGAAAUCGUUUGGGUGGAAGCUAUGGCAGUGGAGGACAGAAGUGGGAGGUUUCUACCCAGGUUACGCUGGAGAGGGACUGAAGGACGACGAUUGUCAUA